UGUAGUAGCAAGUCAGGACGCUUAGACAGCUGUGUUCUUUCUUCUCCGUGGUCGCUAUGAUGGACACCGAAGCUUCAGAGAACACGUAUACUAUACGGCCCAACUUCCAGCACAAAUUUAGAACGGCAGCAGUAAAAGAGUGUAUUCGAUCAGUGCUAAGGCAAGAGCUUGCAGAUAAACAGUAUGUGCCUGAAGAGAUCCCACAGCUUACACGCUUUUUAUCAGAUACAAUAAAGGACAAACUCAAAGAAAAGGCAUUUGACAGAUACAAACUAGCGGUGCAAGUUGUUAUUGGUGAACAGAGAGGAGAAGGAGUCAAAAUGGCUGCUAGAUGUUUCUGGGAUGCUGACACUGAUAACUACGCUGAAGACGUUUUUAUGAAUGAACACCUGUUUUGUGUUGCUGCUGCCUUUGGUUGUUUUUACUAUUAAUUUGUAAUUAUUUAAGUGUAAGUGUUUCUAAAUGUAAAGAGAAGAUAUUGUGCAUCAUAUAUGUGUAAAAAUAUCAAUGUAAAUAAAAAGCCUCUUUAUACCAUUGGCACAAAAAACAUAUUUCCUGUAAAUAUAUUCUAUAAUAAAUAUUAAUGUUCAUUGUGUUUCA